AGCCAUCAUUGUCAUUCUCAUUCGUCGUUCGUCAAAGCCUUUGUCCCCAAAGAUAUGGGGCCGGUCACAUGAACGAUGAAUCCCGUUCCUUUCUGGUCCGAGCUAGGGUGACGUUGAUGAUAUCAGAAAUCCUACGAUCAGGAAGCAUAUCAGAAAUCCGUUCUGGUUUUUUAGUGUCAAAAAGGAAAUCGAAUCGAGCUAUCGAAGAGAAGAAUAGUUUCAGAUUAGGAGAAGAUGAGCGGGCUAGGAACAGCGGACUUCUUCUACAGAGAAGCUCACCGUCUGGGCUAUGUCGCACGGUCUGCAUUCAAGAUGCAGAAGCAAUACAAACUGAUAAAACCCGGCGCAUCCGUUCUCGACCUCGGAUGCGCUCCUGGUGCUUGGCUGCAGGUAGCCUGUCAGGAUUUGGGGCCUAUGAAAAAUGGCGGCGUGGUUGUGGGUGUUGAUCUGAAGAAGGUGAAAGUUCCUUCUCUUCAUUGCGAUACGAGAGUGCGAACAGUUUGUGCUGACGUUAUGAAUCUUCCAAAAGAACAAGUUAGGUUUCUCUCACCUAAGGGGAAAGGAUUUUCUGUGGUACUGUCAGAUAUGUGUCCCCUAGUUGCUGGAAUCACAACUAAAGAUGUUGCUUUAUCAGUUGAAGUAGGAAUGCGAGCUCUUGAUUUGGCUGUUGGUGGAACCGUCUUAUCUCAUCCUGACAGUGAUAUUGAUCAGGAGGAGCUGUCCGAUAGCUCUACUUCUAAAUCAGAUGGCAAUGAGUUUAGCCAAAUUUGCAAACCCCGUUUUAGGAAGGCAUCGUGGUUAAGGCCCAAGGCAACACGAUCAUCUUCAAGAGAGAUUUAUUUGAUUUGUCAGGAUUUGUGGUAGUUGAUAAAAAGUUGCAGUAUUUGAUUCUUUUCCAACUGUAGCAGUUGCCAAAUUCAAGAAACCAAAAAGAAUAGUAACUACUGGAUCACUGGCAGUAACCAAGAUCUCAAAUAUGUAUUGUCUUUUUCAUGUUUCUGAUUGUUAGUAAUUGAAUAUACAUUAUGCAAGGAGUUUUGUCUUGUCUUGAGGAAAUAUUACAUAGAGGAGAAUUGUAUUACAUUAUUUUUUAAAAACUUCAAAUCA